AGCCCAUCCACCACAGCCACUUUCCGUCGUGGACUUUCAGUGUUUUCGAACGCACCCCAGAUAUUAAUUUUGCUACAUCUUUGCUGAAUGCAGCAAUUCUAGAGCAAAAACAACUUGAAGAAAGUGAGAUACAAAAUAUAGAUAAUGAAAGUUCAAGUGUUUCAAGCGCAAAUAAUGAUAUUACGUCAACAGAUGGUUGUGAAGAAGGUACUCUAUAUCGUUGGACAGAUUCAUGUGUUCUUCUUUUAUUAAGGACGUAUCAAGAAAUGGAAGCCAAGUUUAAUAAUGGAAAGAUAUCACACAAAAAAUGUUGGGAAUUAGUUGCUCGUGUAUUAAAAGAUAAAGGAUAUAAUUUAACAGGCAGUCAAUGUGCUUCCAAAUUGAGAAGCUUAAAGAAAACAUAUAAGUCGAUUAAAGAUCAUAAAGCCACGUCAGGAAAUAAUCGGAGAACUUGGCAACAUUUUGAGUUAAUGGAAGACAUUUUUGCUAAAAAAGUUUGGUGUAACCCUAUAGCACUUGCUUCAUCUACAGGAUUGUCUGUAAAAAAUACAAGCAUAAAUUCUACAGAAUUGUCUUCGAAGAUGUCAUGUAGCAAUCUUGAUUCCUUUGAUAAUUCAGAAAAUAAAGAAAAUAAGUUAUUGCAGAAGAAUGUAACAACUACACGAAAAUCUGCAAUGAGCCUUUUUCAAGAAAGACUACAACAAAAAGAAGAGCAUGAAGUGAAACGACAAAAGCGACAUGAUGAAAGAAUGGAGAUGGGAAAAAAAUUAAUAGAAACGCUUACUGGAUUUUGUAAUAAGUAAUUAUUACCUACAUACCAACAUUUUUGUAUUAUAUAUAUAUGUUGAUACUUUUUGAGAUUUAUAUCUGUUGCAUUUACUUUUUAUUGAUUAUUUCAUAAGUUUAUCGAACUAAUUUGCAGUGUAAUAAUUUAAAUUUAAUUUUUUAGUUUUUCGAAUUAAUAUAAUUUACAAUUUAUUCAUAUAUUACUAAGGUUUCAUUAAUUAUGAUAUACAUAUAUAAUUAAGUUUCAUUAUUAAUAAGAUAAUUUAAUAAUGAAUAUAGUCAUUAUUAAUAAGAAUAAAAAAGCUAAUUUUUUAGUUUUUGACUGCACUAUGUGAUAUGCUGUAAUUUUGUGAUCUCAGCCUUCGCAAUAUUAUUAUAUAUAUAAUUAUAUAUUAUAUUAAUAUAUAUUAUUAUAUAUUAUAUAUAUUAAGUUUUAUUAUUAAUAGAAUAAUUUAAUAAUGAAUAUAAGUCCUUAUUAAUA